GGAGCGGGGGUUGUGGUGGGCACCGGGCAGGCACCGACAGCUCCCCCCAGUCCCGGCCGGGACCGGCGGCCGCGGGCAGCGGCGCCAUGGGCGGGGAGGAGGAGAUCGUUCGCAUCGCCCGGCGGCUGGACAAGAUGGUGGCCAAGAAGAGCGCGGAUGGUGCAAUGGAUUUACUGAAAGAACUGAAAAGUAUGCCUAUGACUUUGGACUUGCUGCAGUCCACCCGCAUUGGGAUGUCGGUGAAUGCACUGAGGAAGCAGAGCACAGAUGAAGAAGUGAUCUCUCUUGCCAAAUCCCUCAUCAAAUCUUGGAAGAAACUCCUAGAUGCUUCUGAGGACAAAAGUGAGGAGAAAAAGAAGGGCCUGUCCUUGCCAACAUCCUCCUCGAAGGAGACUGGUAACUCAAGAGACCAAAGCUCCAACAAAAGGCAGGAGCCUCCGAAGACUCCGACCACCCCCAAAAUCACCACCUUCCCCCCGGCGCCCGUCACCUGCGAUGCUGUCCGCAACAAGUGCAGGGAGAUGCUGACAGCAGCUCUGCAGGCUGAUGAUGACUAUGUUGCCAUUGGUGCUGACUGUGAGCACAUAGCAGCCCAGAUUGAAGAAUGCAUAUACCAGGAUGUCAAGAACACUGACAUGAAGUACAAGAACCGAGUGAGGAGCCGCAUCUCCAACCUGAAGGACUCCAAAAACCCUGAGCUGAAGAAGAACGUGCUGUGCGGGGCCAUCACCCCUGAGCAGAUAGCAGUGAUGACCUCGGAGGAAAUGGCCAGUAAUGAGCUGAAAGAGAUCAGGAAAGCCAUGACCAAAGAAGCGAUCCGGGAGCAUCAGAUGGCCAAGACAGGAGGGACACAGACUGACCUCUUCACCUGUGGCAAGUGCAAGAAGAAGAACUGCACCUACACCCAGGUGCAGACCCGCAGCUCGGAUGAGCCCAUGACCACCUUCGUCGUGUGCAACGAGUGUGGGAAUCGCUGGAAGUUCUGCUGAUACGUGCCAUGGCUUGAGAGCAGCAGCCUAAAGCAGCUCAGAGCGUGACCUCCAUACGCCAGCUCCAGUUGUGUUCUGUGUCCCAAGUGAGUUUGCAUUGUCACACACUGAGAGAGCAGCAAUGGGGAGGCUUCUUCACAUGGGCCUCGGUGGGGAGAGCCACAGCCACAGGCUGAUGGGGGGGAGCUCACUGCACACACGUGGUUGUUAUUUUCUCAUCUAAGCAAAUCCGGUCACUUUUCCUUCAAAACUAAUAUUAAACAUUUUUGUCAGUUUCUGACUUUUAUUGGA